AUGAUCAGUACUAAUGGAGGAGGAGACGGGAAAGUGGCGGUCUGCGUGACAGGAGCUUCAGGUUUCAUAGCUUCAUGGCUGGUCAAGCUUUUGCUACAACGUGGCUACACCGUCAAUGCCACUGUUCGUGACCCAAGUGACGAAAAGAAGACAACCCAUUUGCUUGGGUUGGAUGGAGCCAAGGAAAGGCUGCAUCUUUUCAAAGCAAACCUGCUGGAAGAAGGGUCUUUCGAUUCAGCCAUUGAAGGUUGCGUCGGAGUUUUCCAUACAGCUUCCCCCGUUGCCUUAUCUACCGUUGAUCCACAGGCGGAGAUGAUUGAUCCUGCGGUCAAAGGAACCCUUAACGUGCUGAAGUCAUGCGCCAAGUAUCCUUCUGUGAAGAGAAUGGUCCUAACCUCGUCUGUUGCAUCAGUUGUCUACACAGGAAAACCAGUUGACCAAGAUUCAGUGGCUGAUGAGACUUGGCUCUCCGAUCCAGAAUUCUGCAAGGAACAUAAGCUCUGGUACCCACUUGGGAAGACCUUGGCUGAAAUGGCUGCUUGGGACUUUGCAAAGGAAAAUGGAAUCGACAUGGUCACAAUUCAUCCUGGCUUCGUGAUUGGUCCCUUCUUACACCCAGCUCUCUGUACUUCGGUGGGCAUGAUUCUCAGCCUGGUUAAUGCAGGAAACAAGAUUUACCCAAAGUUUCAUUGUUGGUCGGUUGAUGUUAGAGAUGUUGCAGAAGCUCAUAUUAAAGCCUUUGAUCAUGAGAACCAAGUAUCAGCUUCUGGAAGAUACUGCCUGGUUGGAAGUAGUGUGCCAUUCUCUCAAGUUUUGGGGAUUCUUCAUAAGCUCUACCCAACGUUGCCUCUUGCUGACAAGUGCGAAGAAGUGAAUAGUUUGAAGCUACCGGAGUUCGAGGCAUCCAGGGAGAAGGCAGAAGAUGGCUUGGGGAUCAAGUUCAUGCCACUAGAGGAGUCUCUCAAGGACACAAUUGAAUGCUUAAAGGAGAAAGGAUACCUUCAUUUCUGA